ACUAAAAAUGGAUUAAGUAGUGUGUCGUGACAGACAGAAAAAUAGACAGAAUGUGUCAACAACGUCCCUAUUUUAUAAAAUUGCAUGUCCACUUUGAAAAAAGAGACUACAUGUACUGUCUUGUAAAAGUGUAUAUUAACCAUUUUUUUUAUAUUGACUAACCUUGUGAUAUUUGACUUUAAUUUCCAGAAAGUGUUUAAUUUACUUCUCUCUCUCUUUCUUUUGCAGACGCACAAGUCACGUAACUACGUAUCUGAAGAAAACGAUUGUUCUUUGUUCUGUUCUUGGUUUCCUUGUCCGUAAAAAUCGGCUAGAUGGCGCCAUUGCUCCAUGCUGUAGCACAUAAAUUCAACAACUUGACCCCACUGACGUCAAGACGGUCUGGCGCAUCAAGGCCACUUUCAAAACCCUAUUGGUCUGAAAAUCACAUGACAAAGCGCCUUGAAUCCAUAAUUAUGUUGCUGAUAUUUUUCGCCCCCCCAAAAGAUGUCAGCGUCCUACUGUCCUCGUCCACUUCGGCAUAAAGGAGAUUGUUUUGAAUCAAAAGGAAAACAAGGCAAGUAGCAAAAUGUCAUGCCCGAACAACGUGGCAGCCAACACAUUCCUGAUGGACUCGCUGGUGGGACGAACAUCUCCUUACAGAGGUGAGAGCUAUUCCACUAACUCUGGAAUGUAUAUGCAAACGUCUGCAGAAUAUGGUUGCUCCAUGAUGGGUAGUUUUGGUAUUGUUGGUACCCCUCUCUCCAAACGGGAUGAUCUGCAACCGAGUGGGAUGCAUCUCAGCAGUUACCAGCACUCACAUUACCUGUCGCAGCGGGACACUUGGAUCGCAGGCUCUAAAACUUACAGAGGUUCACAACCUGUUGCCCAGCCUUUGCACCCUUGCUCGUUUCCAGCCAGUAAUGUGAAAGAGGAAGCGAUUCCUUGUCUUUACCAGCCUGAUAUCGACAGCGCUAAAGAGUCCGCUGAGAAAUCCACCUACAUCCGUCUGGGAGACAAUAACAGCCACCCGAAUCAAAGCGCCGUCUCCACCCCCGAUUAUUUCCGACGGAGCCAGGUGUACGCCAGUGAAAAGGGCCACCAUGGAGAUGAGUUCGGCUCGGACUUUAACCCAAUACCCAGAAUAUCCACGCCUGUUGAAGCACUAGCAGCAGAUUCCUAUAUCAAAAGCAGCAAAGCAAGGCAGGACCCAGAAGACAAGGGAGGGAACACGCAGGAAGACGACAUGGAUCAGAGACAGACUAGAAACAAGGAGAGUGUCUCAAAAACAGACAGUUGUACUGAUGAUUCCGAGAGCGAAUUGAAAGAUGAGGCUAAAUUGGAAAAAACAACGGGGAACUGGCUAAAAGCGAAAAGUGGACGAAAGAAGAGAUGUCCUUACACAAAGCAUCAGACACUUGAGCUGGAGAAGGAGUUCUUGUUCAACAUGUACUUGACUCGAGAGCGCCGUCUGGAGAUCAGCAAGAGUAUCAACCUCACAGACAGACAGGUCAAGAUCUGGUUCCAAAACAGAAGGAUGAAGCUAAAGAAGCUCAACAGAGAAAGUCGCGUCCGGGAGCUAACAGGCUAUAGCUUCAACUGAGCGCUUUAGACAGACAAAGGAAAAAUAAGAAAUUACAUGCGCUCUCUUAUCCACACAUAUACAAAUACAAAAUAGCAAAGCACUGGUUCAUGACUUUUAAUGCAAAGGGACUGGAACAUCCUGCAGGCAAUAUUACAUUUAGUUUACAUCAGAGCCUAAUUUAUCAUUGUUAAAUAGACCAGAAUAAUAAUUGUAAAUAUGCCAGUAGGGUAAGAAAAGGAUGCUUGGUGCAAAUAUUCGUGGCAGAUUUGUAUU